AUGGACAAAUGCUUAACAAAGUUUGAUUUCGCGCCAGUUUUUAAAAUAGCAGUUGCAAAUCAAAAUUUACCAGAACACAUAAGAAAAGGUUUUCGUCGCUGUGGACUAUUUCCCUUUGACUGCAACACGGUGGAUUACACUAAAUGUGUUCAAAAUAGUUUAGAAAACCUCCAACCAACUAAUCCAACGAUUGAUAAAUCACAAUUUUUAUCUUCAGAAGACUUUCAGACUACUUUAAAAACUUUAAAAAUGUAUGAAAAUAAAAAUCUCAUAGCAAAUAAUCUGAACGAAAAUGAAAUGGCGACAGAUAUAAGCAAAGACAUAGGCGAAGAUAUAGAAGAUCUUAGAAUUGAAACGGAAGACAACACUGAACCAAAGAAAACACAAUUAAUUGAACUUAGUGCAAUAGAUAUAGACAAGACAAUUAAUGAAAUCCAAAGAACUAGUAUAGAAUCAAACCAAGAAGAAAUAAAAGAACAUGAAAACUUCCAAAAGAUAACAUGCCGGCGUCAAGAAUUUAGAAACAAACAAACUAUUGGUCGAGUUGAUUUGGAUUAUGGUCUGUUGGAACAACCUGACCUUGAACAAGAAGAACAUGAGAAAAUGGAAAACACGUUACUAAUAAAACUAAAGCUAACCGAUCAACAAAUUGUUGAGUUAGAGGAAAAAACAAAAUUACAAAGCACAACAUCUAUAUGGAUGGAAGAAAGAAAAUUACGUAUAACAAACAAAAUUUGA